CUUGACUUAUUUGCAAACAAAAAUAAAAAUCGUGUUUAUACAAAUUUUCAUUACAAUUUUCUUAUAAUUUUUUUAACAAAGAAUUGACUUAAAAUGUCUAAAAACAAUGUAAACAUACGUUUAGCAAUCGAUCGAGUGAACAUGAGUUUACUUUCUCAAAAUGAGAACCGAAUACCUCGAUUGUUUACCCCAGGAGAGGUGGUGACUGCUCAACAAGGUUUCAUGAAGGGACACGGCACCUAUGUCGAAGGAGAAGACAUCAAGGCAUCUGUUGCUGGAGUCAUGGAACAGGUGAACAAAUUGAUAUCCAUCAAACCUCUCAAGAGUCGAUAUGUUGGAGAAAUCGGCGAUGUCGUUGUGGCUCGCAUCACAGAAGUUCAACAAAAACGCUGGAAGGUUGACACAAAUUCCCGCCUAGAUUCAGUUUUGCUUCUAUCUUCAGUGAAUCUACCCGGUGGAGAACUGCGUCGUCGAGGAGCUGAAGAUGAGCAAAUGAUGCGCAAAUACUUACAGGAAGGCGACCUCAUCUCAGCCGAAGUACAAAACAUCUACGACGAAGGAACUCUAUCGUUGUACACUCGUUCUCUAAAAUAUGGAAAACUAUCACAAGGAAUUCUCGUCAAAGUUUUCCCCUCUCUGGUCAAAAGGCGGAAGACUCAUUUUCAUAAUCUGCCUUGUGGAGCAUCGAUUAUAUUGGGCAAUAAUGGAUUUAUUUGGAUAUCACCAACUGUCAAUUCGGAAGUAGAAGGCGAUGGUGGUUUUACUCAGAAUCUGGACGAUGUAGUUCCACGAGCCGAUCGAGAGGUCAUUGCUCGGCUACGCAAUUGUAUCUUGGCUCUGUCACAAUGCAAAAUGGUUCUAUUCGAUACGAGUAUAUUGUAUGCUUACGAGGAGAGUUUAAAAUAUGAAGUUCAUGAGUUGUUAAACCAGGAGGCUAUCUUUGAUGUGGCUUUUCUAACACAACAUCGGCUGCGUCUGCAAGAAGAAUAAUGGAUAAUAAUAAAUUGUUACUUUUAUUUACUAAAAACU